CACAGACAAACCGAUACUCAAAACCUCACUCAUUCCUCUAGAAACCGCUUUUCAGCUCUUCAUCUUCAACCCAAAAAAAUGGCCGCUGCCGCACCACCGCCGCCACCAGCCCCAGCACCGGAGCCCUCCAUCGCUUUCCAAGAGUCCUCUCGCCGUGACAACCCUCUCUUCUCCCGCAUCCGUCUGGCCACUCCCGCGGACGUGCCGCACAUCCACAAACUCAUCCACCAAAUGGCCGUCUUCGAACGCCUUACUGACCUCUGCUCCGCCACGGAAUCCUCUCUCUCCGCCACCCUCUUCAACUCCGCUCCCUUCACCUCCUUCACCAUCUUCCUUCUCGAAGUCUCCCCAAAACCCUUCCCCUCCUCCGAACGCGUCAUUUACUUAGAUCACCCCCUCAUCGAUCCCCAGCGCGAAACUUUCAUCUCCGAUAAUGUUAACGAUGUUACUGUUGCUGGGUUCGUUUUAUUUUUUCCGAAUUAUUCCACGUUUCUCGCGAAACCCGGGUUUUAUAUUGAGGAUUUGUUCGUGAGAGAGUGUUACAGAAGGAAGGGUUUUGGGAGGAUGUUGUUGAGUGCCGUCGCGAAACAAGCAGUGAAAAUGGGGUAUGGGAGAGUUGAGUGGGUUGUGCUUGAUUGGAAUGUUAAUGCUAUUAAGUUUUACGAAGAGAUGGGGGCUAAAGUUCAUGAUGAAUGGCGGAUUUGUCGGUUGACCGGUCCGGCUCUUGAAAAGUAUGGUGAUGAUGCUAUUUAGAGUGUUUUGUUAAUGUUUAUGAGAGAUCGUCUUCUUUUGACAAUGAUAAGGUUGUUACUGAAGUUGAUGUUAUUGAAUAUUAUCAUCUAAGUAUUUGUUUCCCGGACUUUAAGUUUGUUGUUUCA